CCUUUGUUAUCUUGUAGGCUUUUAAAAAUUGGGCGACUUCCCUGGUGGUCCAGUGGCUAAGAAGACUCUGUGCUUCCAAGGCAGGGGGCUGGGGUUCAAUCCCUGAUCAGGGAGCUAGAUCCCACAUGCUGAGGCUAAGAACUGGUGCAGCUAAAUAAAUACACUUGUUUUUAAAUUAUGCUGCCUGUAGACUUUCACUUUUCUUAUUUUACUCAUCGAACAUUAUUAUAGUCAUAGGCUAGUUUUCAGAUGCUGGCAGUGAAGGAUCUCUCAGGCAACUGGGAGAAGCAUCACUGUGGGUUUUCAUUUCAUCUCAGCUGAGUUGUCAGGACUUUGAGAAAAGACUUAGGGUGUGAGCACCUGCUUUGUCCAGUUAUAGUUAAUCUCGCUGGCAAAAACCAGAAUGAAAAGUCUAGUGAUUCGUGGUGAUAAGGAUGAGCAGGCGGUUCUGUGCAGUGAAGACAAAACAUACGAUCUGAAAGUAGCAGACACUUCCAAUAUGUUGCUUUUUAUUCCUGGCUGUAAAAUUCCGGAGCAGCUGAAGAUGGAAGAAACACACUGUAACAUUAUUCACACUGAGAUCUUUGGUUUUUCUAACAAUUACUGGGAAUUAAGAAGAUGUAGACCUAAACUAAAGAAGUUAAAGAAACUUUUGAUGGAAAAUACCUAUGAAGGACCUGACAGUGAAAAAGAAAAGGAUUCCAGUCACUUAAAAUAUACGACUGAAGAUUUGCUUGAUCAAAUUCAGGCAAGUGAGGAAGAAAUAAUGACCCAGUUACAAGUUCUCAAUGCCUGUGAGAUUGGAGGGAUGCUGGCAGUGCCUUUGGCUAUAAGAUGCAUUUCGUCAUCUUUCACAGGGAUUGGGAAAUAUACCUGGACACCCAGCCUUUGUUUUGCUGCUGGUUAUUGGAGGAUUCUCGAAUUUGAUUAUGAGAUGAAACUUCUGAAUCAUAUAACUCAGCUUGUGGAUUCUGAAUCUUGGUCUUUUAGCAAAGUUCCUUUGAAUACAUGCCUUCAGGAACUUGGACCAUUGGAGCCAGAGGAAAUGAUUGAACACUGUCUUAAAUGUUAUGGAAAGAAAUACACAGAGGAAGGCGAAGCUUAUUUUGAACUGAGUGCAGAUAAGAUAUGCAGAGCUACCGCACAGAUGCUACUUCAGAACGCAGUGAAGUUCAAUCUCGCUGAGUUUCAGGAAGUAUGGCAACAGAGUGUUCCCGAAGGAAUGACAACUAGGCUUGAUCAGCUUAAGGGUUUGGCCUUGGUAGACAGACAGUCAAGACCAGAAAUCAUAUUUCUGUUGAAAGCAGAAGACUUACCUGAGGGGGAUCAGGAACGUUUCAAUAGUCUGUUCUCUCUGAGAGAGAAGUGGACAGAAGAAGAUAUUGCUCCAUAUAUUCAAGAUUUGUGUGGAGAGAAGCAAACCAUUGGUGCACUGCUCACAAAAUACGCUCGAUCUUCAAUGCAAAAUGGCGUUAAAGUUUAUAACUCAAGAAGACCCAUUUCUUAAAAAGAACAACAGUUUUUUCUUUGGGACUAAAGUUGCUGGAUAUAAGAAAGUGUUUUUUUAUGUAUUUGUAUUUCAGACUUUGAAAAACCCAAUGCUUUGAGGCCUUUUCUCCUCAUCUUCAGUAUUUUAAAACUACUGCUCUUUUUUCUUAAAGGUGAUAGGAUAUUCUGUGUCUUUCAGGAUAUGUUGUUUCAUGUACACAGUGUAAACAAGGACAAAAGUGUUAUUUUCUAUAUUUAGUAUAUUUUGGUAGUCUAUAUGAGUUCAUGUAUACAGUAACAGGUUUGGUUUUUUUAUAUUGAAAAUUGCAUUUAUUUAAUUAGGAUUUGAUGUUUUAGUCAUUAAUAAAUUUGUAAGUUUUCAGAGAACUAAAUAGUAA